AGCUUAUGACGCAGUACCACGCAGAUGCAGAUCCCAGAUCCAGAUGGACGAAAAAGAGUUUCUACUGUGACUGUAGUAGUAUUUACUUGUUUACUACCGUAGAUAUACACGAAUUGGGCAUUUCAUGUUUGCCAGCACAUCAAUUGGCCUGUACGCAACGCUCGCUUAGUCGACAUGUGGUUGCACUCUUAAACACCCACUUCAUUGUUGUUUUCAACCCACGAUAGAUAUAGCCUCAAUGCCUCCGCCGCAGUCAGGAGCAAUCCUGGCCCGCGUCAUCCGCGGACAGGGCAGGUCUGCUGCGUCAGGUCUGCUGCGAUUCACCUCCACCCCGCAAGCUACCAGCUUCUUCCUGUCUCGCCAGUUUGGCCAACCAAGUAGGAGACCACAGAGUCCUGAACGAAAAUACGAAAAUGCCACCAAGUGGCUCUUCCCAUCGAGGAUUGCCGCGAGAGCUCUCUCCGGCGCUCCCUUGCCCCAGCGACGGUCUUUCUUCCUGAACUUUAUGUACCGCUCAGCCGCUGUGCUUGGUACUGGUAUCGGUUUCGUCGCUUUCCUCUUCGGUGCCUUCUUCCUCUACGACGCCACGACAUACAAAGAGUCCGCAGCCUUUGGCGAAUGUCGCGUCUCCGAGUACGCUCUUUCACCUCGUAGAGGCGGCCCCAAGAACCUCCCGAUCAUUGAUGCCCUCAUUGACGACGACGAUACCGAUGAAAAGCGAGCGCAGAAGCAGAAGCCGCGUCUGGUCAUCCUGGGUGGUGGCUGGGGCGGCGUUGCCAUGCUGAAAGAACUCAACACCGAUGAGUACCACGUUACUGUCAUCAGCCCCAAGAAUUACUUCCUCUUCACUCCUAUGCUUCCUUCUGCCACUGUGGGAACUCUGGAACUGCGGAGCUUGGCUGAACCAAUCCGGCGCAUUCUAGCCAGACUCAACGGUCAUUUCGUUCGCGCUGAGGCUCAAGAUGUCGAGUUCUCGCACAAGCUAGUCGAGUGCUCGCAAGAGGAUGCCAAGGGCAACGAAAUAAGGUUCUAUGUACCCUACGACAAGCUGAUCAUUGCUGUGGGAUCCGUCACGAAUCCACAUGGUGUCAAGGGUCUGGAGAACUGCCAUUUCCUCAAGGAUAUCAAUGACGCUAGAAUGAUCCGUAAUCAGGUCAUGAGAAACCUCGAACUCGCAUGCUUGCCCACAACUCCCGAUGUUGAACGACGAAGAUUACUUUCUUUCGUCGUCAGUGGUGGUGGCCCGACAGGUGUUGAGUUCGCUGCUGAGCUUUUCGAUCUGUUGAACGAGGACUUAACUAGGCGGUUCCCCAAGCUAUUGAGAAACGAAAUUUCUGUUCACCUGAUCCAGAGCCGAAGCCACAUUCUGAACACGUACGACGAGGCCUUGUCCAAGUAUGCAGAGGAGAGGUUUGCACGCGACCAGGUUGAUGUUCUUACCAACUCUCGCGUCCAAGAAGUCCACCCCGACAAGAUCGUCUUCAGCCAAAAAGAUGAGAACGGUCAAGUGGUUACUAAGGAACUGCCCAUGGGAUUUUGUCUCUGGUCUACUGGUGUAUCGCAAGCUGAAUUCUGUAAGCGGAUAGCAAAGAAGCUCGGCGACAUGCAGACAAAUCGUCACGCGUUAGAGACCGACACUCAUCUCCGUGUUGCUGGUACACCUCUGGGUGAUGUUUACGCUAUUGGAGAUUGCUCCACGGUUCAGAACAAUGUCGGAGACAACAUUAUUUCAUUCCUGCGAGGCAUGGCAUUCAAGCAUGGCAAAGAUCCUGAGAAUCUAGAACUACAUUUCCAAGACUGGCGAAACGUUGCUGCAGAUGUCAAGCGUCGGUUCCCUCAGGCCGCUGCACAUCUGAAACGGCUCGACAAGCUGUUCGGGCAAUUCGACAAAGACCAGUCAGGCACACUCAACUUUGGAGAGCUUAGAGAGCUUCUUGGACAGAUUGACAACAAGCUGACUUCCCUGCCCGCUACUGCUCAGCGUGCCAACCAACAAGGUGUCUACCUCGCCAAGAAGUUGAACAAAAUGGCACGCGCCGCACCUGGUUUGAGUCAUAAUGAUAUCCGCGACGGUGAUCUCGAUGAGGCCGUCUACAAGGCCUUUGAGUACCACCAUCUGGGUGCUCUCGCAUAUGUGGGUAACUCCGCUGUCUUUGAUCUCGGCGGCGGCUGGGGUCUGACUGGUGGUUUGUGGGCCGUGUAUGCUUGGAGAAGUGUGUACUUCGCGCAGAGCGUUGGUGUGAGAACGAGAUUCUUGAUGGCGAUGGACUGGAUCAAGCGAGGUCUCUUUGGACGAGACCUUAUCAGUUUCUAGAUUCAUACACAGCAUGGUGUACGAAGUACGCAAUGAGACAAUUGCUCGUUUUCAGACCGUUAGAAUGGCGCUGGCGUUCAGGAUGCCCCGUAGCUCAAAUGCUCCGGUGGACCAGAUAAGUUAAUAUUAGUGUUGACUGUGUAUAUAGAGAUUGAAGAUAAUGAUAUGAGUUCGGAUCUUAAAUUGCACCAAACACAAAAGUUGACCUGUCUCAUCGUGUUAUCAUGGACAUACAAAAUCAUCGCUAAGCAUUUGCUCAAUAAUUAAACGAAGUGGAACGCAAACAUGAUUAGCAUGAGAUAGGAUAGGAGAAGGCAGCAG